AUGAAGUUCCUUUCACUGCUCUCUACCGCGGUGCUCGUUGCAUCUUCUACGGCGAUACCAUAUGAUGAGUACAUCUUAGCGCCUAGGUCACGAACUCUCUACCCCGUCUCCGUGCACAGUACCAAUGGAUCGGUCAGCAGUCCUGAGAGCCUGACGAAUUCCAACGGCAGUUCCGUCUUCGAUGGCGAUGCAGCCACAGCAUACGACUUCGGUAUCAACAUUGCAGGCGUUGUGUCGUUGAAUAUUGGGUCGGUGUCCGACUCGUCGCAGUACAUCGGCGUUACGUUCUCAGAAAGCUCAUUAUGGGUCUCGAAUGCCUCCUCUGACGCGACCGCCGAUGCUGGCAAAGACGAGACACUCUGGUUCCAUGUCACAAAACCAGGGCGGUACACCGCGCCUCGAGAAAAGGAGAGGGGUGGCUUCCGAUAUCUGACUUUGGUGCACAACUCGACUGGCACGGUUGAGGUUACGAGCGCUGAAGUACAUUACACUGCCAUGCCGCAUUGGGAAGAUGAUGCCAUCGCCAACUACACUGGGUACUUCCACUGUGACGAUGAGUUGCUGAACCGCAUCUGGUAUGCUGGCGCGUACACAAACCAGAUCUGCACCAUUGAUCCCACCCACGGCGAUGCACUGAUCCAUAUCCGCCAAAUCAACUCUUCGAUUUCAGACGCAACAAAUGUGACAUGGUACUACAACACUACAAUCACAAAUGGUACGUCUUCUCUAGUAGAUGGUGCCAAACGUGACAGACUUGUAUGGGCCGGUGACAUGGCUAUCGCUGUCCCUGGUGUGGUUGUGUCUACAAACGACGUGAUCUCGAUCGAGAACUCGCUAAAAUCGCUGUUUGAUAUUCAAGCUGAGAACGGUCGCUUACCCUAUGCCGGUCGGCCAUUCCCAAAUUCAGUGUCGUUCACGUACCAUCUUUACACCUUGAUUGGUGUCGCCGAUCAUUACCUAUACACAGGAAACAUUGCCUACCUCCAGUCGCUUUGGGAUCAGUGGAAGCUUGCCCUCUCUUGGUCACUGAGCUACAUCGACUCCUCCGGACUUAUGAAUGUGACAUCACCGGCUGACUGGCUGCGUUUUGGCAUGGGUGGUCACAACAUCGAGGCCAAUGCCAUCCUCUACUACACCAUCAAUCACGGUAUUGAGCUCGCCACUGCCCUCAAUGACACCUCCUCCACUUCAAACUGGACUACCAUCGCCGAGCGUAUCAAGUCUUCUGCCAACGAGCUUCUCUGGAACGACGAGGCUGGCAUGUACAUUGAUAACGAAACCACUGCUCUCAUGCCCCAAGACGGCAACUCCUGGGCCGUCGUCGCAAACCUGACCGUCAACUCCACACAAGUGGAACGUAUUUCCGCAGCUCUUGCAGAAAGAUGGACGUCCUACGGCGCACCUGCGCCUGAGGCUGACGAUGCCAUCUCCCCCUUCAUCUCCGGGUUUGAGUUACAGACACAUUUCCUGGCAGAAAACGCGACCGCUGGUCUCGAGCUCAUGAGGCUGCAGUGGGGCUUCAUGCUGGAUGAUCCGCGCAUGACGAACUCGACUUUCAUCGAGGGGUACUCGACGACUGGCGAACUACACUAUGCGCCCUACCUCAACGAUGCACGAAUCUCGCACGCUCACGGCUGGGCAACCGGUCCCACUUCCUCACUGACGACUUACAUCGCCGGUAUCCAGCUGCUGAGCGCGGGAGGCAAGACAUGGCGUAUUGCGCCUUCGCUCGGUGACCUCAAGAUCGCAGAUGCGGGAUUCAGUACAGAUGUAGGGCUCUUCUCUGCGAAGACACAAGUCGAUGACAACGGCGCAUGGACAAUAGAGUUCGAAGCACCGCAGCGUACGAGUGGUGAGGUGAAGUUUCCGGAGCUCGGCUGUGUGGGUAAGGUCGUGCUGGAAGAGCAGAGUGGGAACUAUCAGGAUAUCCUGGUCGAGGUGCAAGCUGCUGAUGCUGGACCGGUUACGAUUGAUGGAUUGCCGGGUGGCAAGUGGAUGGCAAGGUACGAGUGCUCAUCGUCAUAA